AUGCCUGAUCAAUCCACUUGUGCUGUCCAUAAUGGCGGCAGUGCCAUCGAAGCUGAAGUCAUCGUCAGCACCAACAUUUCGACUGACGACGUCGACCCCUCGUACAGCCUUACCCGCUACCUCUCUGACACAAGCCACCAUCCACCCGGUUACAGACUAGCACAGGCUACCACCACUGAAUCUGAACCGCGUGUACUUGAAGAGCUACGCAAAUUUGAGGCAAAAUUCUCCUUGAACGGCGACGCUCCUAAUCGCAAUUAG